GUCCGGCUUUUUCCAAGACAUUUCACGCCCAUAGAAUCAUCCCCUACAACUUUAUUUAAUAUAAAUAGCCUGCAGUUUGUGUCCUGUUUACUGAACUCGAUUCUGGAUCUUCAACCUAGACGACUAAACUAUCACAGAACCAAACUAAUAUGAUUCUUACUGGGGGACUCGUGGGACUGUGUUUCUUUGCAUUGCUGACUCUUAAUGGAGCCACAUUUGGAGGGGCCAUGCUCUAUCCCAAUGAACCUUAUGUGGAGUUCCCGCCAGCGCGCCCUACAGCAAACCUGCUUCACUCCAUAUGCACGGAAAGCAGCCAUCGUCUGAGAUACCCCCCCGGGUAUUUCCCUCGCUCGGGCUUCAGUCAUCUCCGUCGCUGUGGGAAAGCCGUAGACCGUGUGGAGUCCUGGUACAUCGCCUGUUGCGCUGGUCAAACGAUGGAGAACAAUCAUGUCCUGUGUUGUGCAGAACAAGCUUGGAAAACAGCUCUCACCACCUUCUGCCAGGAGGAAUACUCCACCAUGACCGCGGCAUACCACUGUUGCGCCGAGGAGGGAGAAGCGAUGUGGACGUGUUUCGACAGGGACUCCCCCAACCCCAACUACGCGCCGAGGGCGGACUACACUGCCCCGGUACAACCCCUGGAGAACGGCUUCACCUUCAUCCCCUAUCACUGUUAAAGAUAGAAGCAGGCGUGCCUGUCUUCGUAGGCUAGAUUGGCCUACUUCCCCUUCGUGAAAUGUUUUAACCAUUACCCCACCUCUGCUUUAAUCAUCUGUUUUCAAAAGUUACAAAAUGAGAUUUAAAUCCAAAGUUUGAUGUAUGAUGUAUUUUUCUAUAUUCAAUCAAUAGUACAUUCCUUUUCAACAUUAACUUUUUGACAUCCUCUGUAAAAAAUAAAGAUCGAAUGAAAAUA